AUGGCUAAGGAUAUCGAGAUUUCAACGUCCGAGGCCAAGUUUUUGGUAGAGGCACUCAAGCAAAAUCAACGUUUGGAUGGCCGUGGAUUUGAUGAAUUACGCGAUGUAAAAAUUGAGUUGGGAAGAGACUACGGCGAUGUUACCGUCAGCAUGGGUAAAACCCGCGUUCAUUGUAGAAUUAGCUGCGAAAUUACACAACCUUAUGAGGACCGCCCUUUUGAAGGUCUAUUUUUUAUUAGCACGGAAAUUUCACCGAUGGCAGGCCCUCAAUUUGAAAAUGGCAACAAUACAGGCGAGGAUGAGAUUAUGUGUGCAAGGAUAAUUGAAAAGGCUGUGAGAAGAUCGGGAGCUUUGGAUGUGGAAGGAUUAUGCAUAGUCGCGGGGAGCAAAUGCUGGGCAGUUAGAGCCGAUGUUCAUUUCUUGAACUGCGAUGGGGGCUUUAUCGAUGCUAGUUGCAUAGCCGUCAUGACAGGCCUGUUGCAUUUUAAGAAACCGGAUAUUUCGGUGUCUGGUGAACAAAUCACAGUACACUCUAUAGAGGAAAGAGAGCCUGUUCCACUUGGGGUGCUUCAUAUUCCCAUUUGUGUCUCCUUUUCAUUUUUUAAUCCAGAAGAUACAGAAGAAAAUAUCAAAGGUGACUCUAAUAAUGAGAUAGCUAUCAUUGAUGCUACCCUCAAAGAGGAGCUUCUGAGAGACGGCACACUCACAGUAACGUUGAACAAGAACCGAGAAGUUGUGCAGGUUUCGAAGGCAGGUGGUCUUCCUAUGGACGCAUUAAUGCUCAUGGAUUGCUGUCAUAAAGCUUAUAAAAUCACAGAGACCCUAACGGAGCAAAUCUUAAGUAAACUCAAGGAAGAUUCAGAGGGUAGGAACAAAUAUGCAGCGAUGCUAAGUUCUGAAAAUAAUCGCCAGAUGUGA